AUGAGCAAAAACUUGUGCUUUGCUAUACUUAAGUUUUCCGAGCUAAAUCUUCAUUUUUCAGGAGAGUAUCCCAUUCUUUUCGACAAAUCAAACCAGUCAAAAGCGAUCACCGAUUUUGACAGAUUUGUCGAUAUGUUGAGGAAAAGUGGUCAGGAGGUAGUGAUCGAUGCGGAAUUGACGCCUGCUGAACGUUCGCAAAUAGAUGCAUUUAGUUGUUUUCUGAAAGAGUUCAUAUAUCCAGCUAUGCAUACGUUCUGGGGCGACGAUUUAAACUAUAGCACUGUGACACAUCACUGGUUUUCUUCGCGGCUGUCGUUUCCUUACAAUCUUUACUACCUUGAGAAGCGCCGGAAGAGAAUCCAACGGUUGCUCUCCGAGAAGAGCGUCAGCUCCAUAAUGAAAGACGGAUUGCAAGCUUUGAACCUACUCUCAUCGAAACUUGGAGACAACAAGUUCUUCUGUGGAAACAAACCGAGUUCGCUUGAUGCUUUGGUUUUCGGCUACCUUGCCCCUCUUCUUCGCCUCCCACUACCGAACGACAGGCUGCAGCUCCAUUUGAGGGCCUGCCCAAAUCUUGUCCGAUUCGUGGAGCAGGUUGCAUCAAUAUAUCUCCCUCCUUCUGAAGAGCAAUUGAGGUUACAAAAAUCUGAACGAAAAAUGUGGGAAACCAGGUUGCAAAAGGCAGAGAAAUUAAAAGAAGCCGAGAAGGUUGCAACAGCAGAGGCAACUCUGGUGCAGGAAGAUUUACCAUUACGAGACACUAUACUGUUUGGAUUGGGAGCAAUCACACUCUCUCUCCUUUUUGCACUUCAUUCGGGCAUUAUUCAGGUUGUCGUCGAAGACGACGAGCAAACAAUUCCUGAGUGA